GAAAGCCUGGAAGGGGAGCCAAAUAAAGACAUCGUUUCAAGUAUAGCCAACAUGUCGUAACUGCGCAAAUAUGCAGGCAGAAUAAUUACAAUGCUGUCAACAUGUCUUAUGUGAUGAUGAGAAAAGCAGAAGACGAUGCAAUUUUCUUUUGUUAGCCUCCGGGGAAUUCUCAAGCACGAUGUUGUAGCAAAAAGGAAACUGCAAGAAGUCGGAAUUCCGUUUUGUUACUUUGAACUGUAUGCAGAAAAUGAAAUGAGAAAAUGGAUUGGAAGUUAUGUUUUCGUUGGUUUAUAUUGUUGGUGCCCUUGCUAAUUCUCAGAUGUCUCGCACAAGAUGCAUGUGAAGAUGUACAUUCAACGUCAGACUGCCGCAUUUACAAGCAGAAUGGACAGUGCUCUACGAAUCCCUGGUAUCGGGAAAACUGCGCCAAAACUUGCGGCUUCUGCCAACCUCUAGCUAGAUUAUUCUUCACUCGUCACCCCACUUCUCAAGUAGCAACUAAAGGAGUUAACAUAACAUUUCAAUGCGAAGUCAAAUCGUUGGUUCCCAGCAGCAACAUAGUUUAUUUAUGGAAGUUUAACUACUCGUAUAUUCAAGAGAACGACAGCCGUGGAUUUCAUUUUUCUCAAGAAAGGACUACACUCCACGUUUUGAAUGUGACUGAAAACAUCCAUAACGGUGCUUAUGAAUGUAUAGCACUUAGUGAUGAAAUUGGGUCCAUUAAAAGCAUUCCAGCUACGCUCAAAAUGGCAUAUUUCAGAACAGACGUCCAGCAUCAGAAUUUGAUAAGAGUCAAGCUAACACAGCCAUAUAUGCUUCAGCUUCCCACCUACAAGUCCUUUCCUGCACCAGAGUUCGUUUGGGAAUUCAAAGACAAUACAGGAAAUUUCAUUAGCGUCUCUAGGGAUCUCAGCCUAUUUGUCACCGAGCGUGGUGAUCUUCUCAUACCCUCAGUUUCUCGUUCACAUCAAACGACGUUUCGUGUCUUCGUCAAGCAUAAAACUACGAGUCCAAACUAUGCUGCUUCUUUUCUGUUCAUUGUUAGAAUAAUAAGUAACACAGAUCCAUGCAACGAUGCAAGCAUUUUCGCCUACUCUACUGCAGAGAAAAGAAAUGCAUCAGUUGGAGAGAAUGUAUCAUUUGAAUGCCUUGCAGUCGCUAAAGACUGUAGGAGCCAAAUUUCGAUCACAUGGACAAAGCAAAACACAGGCAAUCACAUUUCAAGCAACAGAAAAAUUUCCUUUAAUGAUGUGCAAAAGGAUAAGGAAGGAAUUUAUAAUUGUUAUGUGGAGGUCAUUGGACAAGGAAGUUCCCAACAGUUUUCAUUUAACCUUCGAGUCAUCGAGAAACCAAAACUCACUCAGGCCACCAGCGCAAGAGUUAAUUUGACCUCCGCAGGGAUACUUCAUCCUGCUACAUUUAGCAGGGUAGCGUCGUUUUCCUGGUACAAAGAUGGUGAGAUCAUCAACAACCACUCCAAUUUAUUUAGAGUGUACGCAGACCGGCGACUGAAGGUUUUAAACCCGAGCCGCGGUCUUUCCGGCUUGUAUCAAAUUUUUUAUACGAAUGAGGCUGGGACAGUUGACGUCACGCAAGAGGUUUCGGUGCCUUCAGUUGGUUGCGGGUGGACCACAUUUGGCGCUCACGGAACCAUAGAAUUCAACAACGCUGGUGGAACCAACCUGGGUAUCGGUGCCAUUUGUACUUGGCUUAUCCGGUUGCCGUCUUCCAUAGAAUAUGAAUUUACAUUCACCGAAAUGGACUUUCCGGAAUCGCGAUUCAAUUGCAGUGAGAAAACUCUGUCGAUCUAUUCCGGAUCGACAGCUUCCACGGCUCCAAUUAAAAGCUACUGCGCAACCAUUGCGAAACCGAUACCCACUGCUUACGUCAAUGGGCCAUUCGUUACAAUCUUGUUGAUGUCAAAGAGUGGAAACUUUAAAAACGACAGAUUCGUUUUAAAGUAUGGACCCGCGGGGCAAAAGGUGUCAACUGGUACUCCAAUCAAAACAGUCAGUUCAGUUAGUAGCGAUACCCUGUCGGUCACCAGCGCAAUAUCACGCAUGACCAGUGCCGCAAUCCUAUCUACUACUUUAAUAGCGCAGAAAAAGAAAGCAAUGAAGGAAAGCAGUUUGCCAAUUGGAGCCAUUCUUGGAGGUGUGUUUGGUGGUCUGGUAUUUUUUGCUGUAAUUGCGGCAGCCUGCUUUAGGAAAGAUUUAACGAAGCGGAUCACAAGACAGAAAUCGUUGCAAAUACAAGCGAACAUGGAUUCCUUGCCUCGUUUUGAAGUUGCUAGGAAUGGCGUCAUCAACCAAAUCUAUGAAGGCGUGCCAAAGAAAACUCAACAAAAGGGGAAUCCCUUGAAGCAUGAGGUCCCGGAUUCAAACUUGGAUUACGAUGCUGUUGGUGCUGUAUUAAACAGUGGGUUUCAAAAUUCGCCUCAAGAUGAAACUGAUGUUUACGAUGAAGUCGGUGGUGUUAUAAAAAGCUGUCGAAGAGAUUUGGUGUCCAAUAUUGUACCUCAGCUUUCACAAAAUUCAAAAUCCUCUUCAACAAAAUCAGAACCUCACUAUCAUCAGCUUGCUGAUGGGCACAACAUUGCAUAUGUACCAGCAAACGAUAUUAAAGGCUGCCUUAGGAAUGACUCUAAAAGCGAUCGCUCAAAUAUAAGUAGCCUAAGCGUGGCACGUGUUCCAUCUGGUAGAUCUGAUACUCAUUAUACCGCGCUUGGUGACGACGCAACUCUGGCAGCUAAAGAAAACAGUAUAUAUGAAUGCUUGACACUUGACCGUGUGAAAGGCUCUUCAAUGCAAAGUGGUUUAGAACCCAGAGCCCUUGGAGAAUACUGUGAGCCAUACGAUGGGAAGAUGGACGCUGCGAGUGGAGUCCAUGAUCGAUCAUUCCGAGGCCAGAGCUGCGUAUUGUAUGAGUCUGGAGGCAAGUAUGCGCGGGAACCCGCAGACGGUGGUCCUUACGCUGAAUACAGUGAACCCUAUGAAGCGGGCGAUUUCGUUGCUGCACAAGAGGAGCAGAUCUACAGUGAAGCUAUUUAAAGCCACCUAAUAGUCUUUUUAAGGAUAAUAUUAAUGCGCACAUUUAUCUUUAUAUUCCUGCUUGCCUUUGCAUGUAGGGUGCCAUUAGUCAAUGUAACGAUAUGAGAGCCACCUAAGUCCAAGGCUCGUUCUCUGGUGCAAAGUUCUGAAAAUGGCUUCGACAAUAAUACAAUGAGCUUAUUAAGCAACCAGAGGUAGGUUUCUGUAAGGAGCAAAUCGUUUUAUGGAAAUCUCAUGGACCAUAAAUAGGUUCAUUUUGUCUGAAAAUCUUUCCAAAAUCCUUUUGUUUAUCUGGGAACCCC